UCCUGGACUCCAUCUGGUCCCAGUGUGACAACAGGGGCAAUGAGCACCUGGCACCGACCAUCCAUGCCACCAUGACCCACUUUAACAGAGUGGUCGAAUGUAUCAUCACCACCUGCAUUGGGGACCCGAGUAUGACGGCCCAGGACAGGGCCAGGGUGGUGGAGCUCUGGAUCCAGGUGGCCAAGGAAGAACUGGCAAAUACUGAAAAACAUCAUCGAAACAUGCCACCAGGAGAGCAGGAAGCUUCUCAAGGAGGAGGUGUCAUCUGUGAGGGCCACCCUGCAGAUGGACCCCCAGGGAGCCCAGGAGAGACAGCAGCAGGGUGUCGUCCCCUUCCUGGGCAUGUUCCUCUAUCACCUGAAGCUGCUGGACAUUGGGAUGGAGGAUGAUCUGGAAGUGAGUGAGCCUGGAGGUGGGGCCAGAGAGCAGGAUCCUGAGGUUUGGGAGGCGAGAGCCCUGCACUGGGACCUGAGCUGUCAGUACCUGGCAAACCUCCUCUCAUGACAGCCCCAUGGCCACCCCUGGGAGCUGGGGAGUCAGGCCCAUCUUAGCAAUGCGUGAAUAGACGCUCCGCAUAAGCCCCCCACCAGUCUACCUGGGCUGGUGAAGCUCAUAGCUGCCUGCCUGCA